GAUCAGUCGGUGUGUGCGAGGACUUUCUGUGGUGCAGGACGAGAGUGUGUAUCGACCGACAGAGGAGAACCAGUGUGUCGCUGUUUAACGCAGUGUGCAGAGAGAGAGAACUGGGUGUGUGGCAGUAACGGGCGAUCGUACAGAAACCACUGCGAGCUGCACAGAGACGCCUGCAACUCACACGCACUCACACACACCAAGAUACACCUGGAGCACCGAGGACACUGCCUGGAGACGCCAGCAGAGACGGACGUCAGCCCCAUCGUGUGUUUCCUGUCUGCCCGUGAUUGGCUGAGAGAGAGAGUGAUCCAGUGGAUUCAGCAGGAAGUUCAGUCUGACAACAGGACGUCAAAUGAGCCCUUGACCAAUCACCUGCUGCGAACAUACUUCAAGUCGUACGAUAACGGGGAUUCAGAGCUAGACUCCAAAGAGUUCCUGAGUUUCCUGAAACACAACGAGACGGCGCUCAACAUCACAUACUCCGACACACUGGAGACUAACAUGCUGCUGAGGUCCCUGUGUGUGGACGCUCUGAUCGAGCUGUCGGAUGAGAACGCCGACUGGAAGCUGAGCUUAACGGAGUUCAUUAACUGCCUCACACCCUCAUACCAUCCAUACGAGAGAAAGUGUGCUCUGGAGGAUGAGGUGUUCGAGGACGGAGCUGAAACUCGGAUGGAGUGUAACAAGUGUGUGUGUGCCUGUGGAAACUGGGUCUGCACCGCUCUCAUCUGCAACGCUGGUUUUUAAAUGUUGGUGUUUUAGAGGAGCAUCAGGUGGAGGAGGACUUUAAAGGAGGAGCAGGAGGAGAAGAGCUGACGGAGGAGGAGUGGAGCCGGAGGGUGGAGGAACUCAACGCUGUUUAAACUGACAGCACAAAGAAGAUCGCAGGAAUUGCCGACAGGAGACUUUUCACACCGAGUCAGAUUGUGGUUCUUUUGGGGAGGUGGAGAUACAUCUCUUUGUUCGGUGGAUGCAGUUUGAACCAGAGCAGCAGCAUGGAGGUCGGAUCGUCACCAACAUAAAUAAAUAAGUGGUCCGAAACACACUUUCCUUUUUAUAUAAUUUAAUAUAUCUUUUAAUGUUCAUAUGCAUAUAUUGUUUUUUAUGUAUAUGUUUAGUUAUGGCCGUUUUUAACUUGUCCUAACGUUUAUUUUGUUUAUUAUUUAACACUAAUUAGCAAAGAGAUUUCCAAAAACUGAUUUUGCCAAAAUGCGUUAGUGUUUUAUUGUUAAUGAUAUGUGUGUUUGGGUUGGGAAAUAAAUGCUGAUUUAAUAAACACUUUAUUGUAUGAGAA